UGACAGUGAUCCUCCUGCACAUGUGUGAAGGAGCGUCUUCAGUUACUGCCUCUGCACAUGCAUUAGUCUGAAGGGUUAUUUCGGGCUGCAGAAAGCACCACAGUUACUCUUGGCUUCUGUGAAAUGAUAGGAGGAGUCAGGCUUUUACCCUCCUAUCCUGCCCCUGUGUGCUGUUCCCCCCCCAUGUCGACUGACAGGGGAUUUCCCUCCAAACAAGAGGUUCCCCAAGCUCUUUACGCCGCAGCUCAAGGUUGGAUCUUCAUUUUAAAAAACAAUGGACAACAUUCCUCUGCAAGUGUUGACCGUCCCGACGGCCCCCUACCCUGACCAGAGGCCCGGGACCAGUGGCCUCAGGAAAAGAGUCUUUGUAUUUCAGUCCAGGAGGAACUAUCUGCACAACUUCAUCCAGAGUAUCUUCUCCUCCAUUGACCUGCGUGACCGCCAGGGCUCCACGAUCGUGGUCGGGGGAGACGGACGCUUCUUUAAUCGGACGGCAAUUGAGGUCAUUGUGCAGAUGGCAGCUGCCAACGGGGUGGGCCAUCUGAUCAUCGGACACCAUGGGAUAAUGUCCACCCCAGCCAUCUCCUGUGUGGUCAGGAAAUACAAAGCCAUCGGCGGCAUCAUCCUCACUGCCAGCCAUAAUCCCGGUGGACCUGAUGGAGACUUUGGCAUUAAGUUCAACACUGCCAAUGGAGGGCCAGCGAAGGAGGCCGUCACAAACAAGAUCUUUCAACUCAGCAGAACCAUCGAGGAGUUCGCCAUCUGCCCCGGACUCCGACUGGAUCUGACCACCCUCGGGAAACAGAUGUUUGAUCUGGAGAACAAGUUCAAACCAUUUACUGUGGAAAUUGUGGACUCUGUGGAAUCCUACGCCAACUUGUUGAGGAACAUCUUUGACUUUGCGGCCCUGAAGGAGCUUCUGUCUGGACAGAACCGCAUCAAGAUAAGACUGGAUGCCAUGCACGGGGUGGUAGGACCAUAUGUGAGGAGGAUACUGUGUGAGGAGCUGGGCUGCCCGGCCAAUUCCGCCAUUAAUUGUGUCCCACUGGAGGAUUUUGGUGGUCAACCCCCCGACCCUAACCCCACCUACGCUGUGGAUCUGGUUGAGAGCAUGAGAGAUGGACAGUAUGAUUUCGGUGCAGCUUUUGAUGGAGACGGGGACCGUAACAUGAUCCUUGGUAAACACGGCUUUUUCGUCUCCCCCUCUGACUCUGUGGCUGUGAUCGCUGACAACAUCUUCUGCAUCCCGUACUUCCAGCAUACAGGGGUGAGAGGCUUCGCUCGCAGCAUGCCCACAAGUGCAGCCUUAGACAGAGUAGCCAGUGCAACAAAAAUAGAGCUCUAUGAAACUCCCACUGGGUGGAAGUUCUUUGGGAACCUGAUGGAUGCAGGCCGACUGUCUCUCUGUGGAGAGGAAAGCUUUGGUACAGGCGGAGACCAUAUUAGGGAGAAGGAUGGGCUCUGGGCCGUGCUGGCAUGGCUGUCCAUCUUGGCCACCAGGAGGCAGUGUGUAGACGAUAUUGUUAAGGACCACUGGCUGAAAUAUGGAAGAAAUUACUUCACCAGAUAUGACUAUGAGAACGUAGACAUUGAUGCGGCCUGUGAGAUGAUGGAGGAUUUGGAGAUCAUGAUUUCCGACAAGGCCUUCUUGAGGAAGAGAUUCGCUGUGGGGGACAAAAUCUACCAAGUGGAAAAAGCGGACAACUUCGAGUACACAGAUCCUGUAGACAGCACCAUCUCCAGGAACCAGGGUCUGCGGAUAAUCUUCUCUGAUGGUUCUCGGAUCAUCUACAGACUUAGUGGGACAGGUAGUGAAGGAGCAACAGUUCGAAUCUACAUUGACAGCUAUGAGAAGGAGCACAUUUUUGAAGACACUCAGGUGAUGCUGUCGCCCCUGGCAACAAUUGCUUUGAAGAUUUCCCAGCUCCAUCACAGGACAGGUCGAAGUGGCCCAUCGGUCAUCACAUGAUUCCUCCUGCAUGUUACUCCCUGGUGAUGCUACAGAGUGAUGCCCUAUUGUUUUUCUUUCCAGAUUUUUUGUACAAACCGAGCUUAAAUACCAAGUGUAGCUGCACAUCAUGCUUUAGUCUGCAAUUUAAUUUGACUUUAACUCAGUGACUGUCUCUGUGAAACAUUAAACCGCUUUUUAUUUUUGGUUUAUGUGUGACAGCUGGCACGUGCACACAUAGACAUCAAAGGGGGCUUGAGCCCCAGCCCUUUUCCUUCAUCGACAGCGGCUGUGGCUGAACGGGUAGAGCUGAUGUUUAACCAGGAGGUUGGCUGUUCAUCCCAGUCUCCCCCACCUGCAUGCCGAAAUGUCCUUGGGCUAGAUGCUGAAUCCCCAAAUUGCCCCUCAUAGAAAAUGAGCAGGGGAGUCGAGGAGUUUAUAACAGAGUAUAAUCAGAGUUUGUCCUUUUAAGCCUUAGGUGCUCCAUUCACGCAAGAAUAAACUGAAUGUCAAAUCAGUGUGGAAAGCACUGACCAGUGUGAUAGACUAACUGUUAUAGUCAGAUUUUUAGAAUUUAAACCCUUUUUUAAUUACAGCACACAUUAAAUAACAGUAACAGUUUCUAUAACACGUUUUUGUCUAGUUUAAAAGCAUCCAUGUACAGUAAUCUGGGAAAUUGUGGGUGUGACACAUUGAAAUGCAUCAAGAUGCAAUGUCCAAUUGUUAACUGCUGUAUCCCAAUCGAAUCGUGAGUCUAGUGAAGGUGCGCUUGUGAGCACACAGUCAUCUGCAGUCAUGUCAGAUAGACAGCACCUUCCACCUCCCAGCUCCUGUCCCAG